AUGGUUUUUGCAUUUUUACAACAGUUGGAACGAGUCCAGAAGAGAACUACAGACCGCAAGAUGAAAAUCCAAGUGAGUGAUGCAAUUGUGCAGUUUCUUGGAAGUCUUGGCUACGAUCCAAACUACGGUGCUAGGCCAGUGAAGCGAGUGAUUCAGCAAUAUGUAGAAAAUAAGCUUGCCAAGGGCAUCUUGAGGGGAGAGUUCAAAGAAGAAGACACCAUUUUGGUCGACACAGAGGUCACAGCGUUUGCCAAUGGCCAACUACCCCAGCAAAAGCUAGUCUUCAAGACGCAUUCUGACGUGUUCAAUGUUUUCCUUCAAAUUUUAGAUGAUGGGAGAGUAACUGACUCACAGGGCCGCACUUACAUACUUAACGGAGAUGAUGAAGUAUCACCAAAGGAGUUGGGUUACGAAACUAUAAAGCAGCGGGUCAUGGAGCCUGCAAGGUCCAUAUUUCGCCCUGAGUUCAUAAAUCGGGUUGAUGAGUACAUAGUUUUUCAUCCCUUGGACCGUGAUCAGAUAAACAACAUUGUCAAGAUACAGUUGCAACGAGUUCAAAAAAGAAUUGCAGACCGCAAGAUGAAGAUCCGACUUGCCAAGGGCAUCUUGAGGGGAGUGUUCAAAGAAGAAGACACCAUUUUGGUCGACACAGAGGUCACGGUGUUUGCCAAUGGCCAGCUACCCCAACAAAAGCUAGUCUUCAAGAUGCUUGAAACUGGUUAA